CAGUAAGUCAUCAUCAGCCGCGUUCGUUGCAUUUAUUUACGUUUUGCGCUCAAUCUUUGUCGCGGAGGCGAAAGAUUAGAAAUUUCGGAACAAAAACAUCUAAUUAUUAGCAUCUCUUUAGGAAUUAUAUUUAAAUAAACCCGUUCCGUGGACAGCAGUUACAAUUGGAGGUAUCUCGUUAAGGUGAUUCCUCCAACCCAAGGUCCAGCAAAACAAGAUUUUGUCCAUUCGUUGCUUCCAAUUCAAACGGAUUACAUUAGUUAGAAUGGCCAAAUUUGACAUGGAUGAGUUCAACGAGAUUCUGGAGAAGUGCCGUGACCAGUCACUCCAGAAAGAACAGGACGCGAUACUGUUGGAACCAUUUGCCUACAUCCAGCAAAUACCGGGGAAACAGUUCCGAGCCAAAAUGGCUCUGGCCUUUAAUCACUGGUUGAACAUUCCGGACGAAAAGUUGACGGCAAUCGGCGAGGUGGUUCAAAUGAUGCACAAUUCCAGUUUGUUAAUCGAUGAUAUCGAAGAUAACUCUAUACUCCGUAGAGGAAUUCCAGUAGCACACAAGAUCUAUGGCAUUGCGAGUACGAUCAACGCAGGAAACUAUGUCCUGGUGUUGGCACUCGCCAAGGUUCACAGUCUGGGACAUCCCCUGGCGCAACAAGUGGUGACGGAACAAUUAUUGGAACUGCACCGCGGACAGGGCAUGGAGAUUUACUGGCGGGACAAUUUCAUUUGUCCCACCGAGGCGGAGUACAAGCAGAUGGUUAUACGAAAGACCGGCGGUCUGUUCAUGCUGGCUAUCCGCCUGAUGCAGCUGUUCAGCGACGAUAAGAAAGACUUCACCAAACUGACGGCAAUACUGGGGCUGUCGUUCCAGAUUCGGGACGACUACUGCAAUCUGACGUCGAAGGACUAUUCGGAUAACAAGAGCUACUGUGAGGAUUUGACUGAGGGGAAAUUUAGCUUCCCGGUGAUACACGCGGUGCUGAAUCAGAAGGAUCGACAGGUGUUACAUAUUCUACGGCAACGGACGCAGGACGUAGAAGUGAAACGAUAUUGUGUGUCACUAUUAGAAAAACUUGGUAGCUUCAAAUAUACUGCAGAAGUCUUGGAAAUGUUAGACACUGAAGCUAGGGCAGAGAUCGAGCGACUUGGCGAGAAUCCAAUAAUGCAAUCGCUUUUGGACGAUUUGCUCAGUUGGAAAACGGUCGGAAACGGCGAUUCGUCAUCAUAAGAACAAGUACUGUUCCCUGACUCCGUUCCACAAGUCUGUAAACCCAACCCAUAGCAAUUGAAAGUAAGACAGCAACCAUUUCCACCACAAAGACGAUCUACAUCUAUGAAACCGAUAGCGCUCUGCGAUCUAUUGUUAUUAUUUCUGCUUAAUAUUAAGCACAAACAUCACUUUAACAGAAACACAAGAACGAAAGUGCACUAAUGGUUACUUUUACAACACAAGGAUAAGAAGAUAAUGCACUAUAGCUAAAUAUAUUUACGAAUAUAUAUUUUUUCGAUUAUUCGCAAAUCUCGAGUUGAACAUGUAAAACAUAUGAAUAUCGAGUACUCUAGCAUUUAACAACAGAAACAUUUGACAACGGUAGAUUUUGUGGAACCCUAGUGCCCGAAACUUUUUUGCCACCAAAGGAUUUUGAAUGCGAACGAGGAAUAAAAAGACAUUUUUGCUGGAGAUAGCGGGAGAAUAGA